ACUGAGUGGCCAGAUACGUCCCGCGAGUCCAGACUACGUGAGAGAAGGCGCGCUGUAUUGCGCGGACAUCUUCACUCACUCACUCACUCACUGACACACGCACGCACUCACGCACUCACGCACUCACGCACGCACGCACGCACACACGCACGCAGGCAUGCGCACAAAACUUGCUCACCCCAUUUACACCCCGUGUGUCUGUAGAGUGGACCCCGCGCGUGCGUGGAGUGUGAGGACGUCAUAAGUUUGGUGACUUCACAAUCCAGAAAAAAAUCCUUGGAACUGGCUAUACCAAGAGGAAAUCUGACGUCAUCAUUUGACAAUCAGGUCACGGAAAAAGAAUAGAAAAAACAAACAGACAAACAAACAAACCAACAAACAAAAACCAUAAUAUCAAAAACAAACAAAUACCCACAAAAAAUCCAAUAAAGAGCAAUUUAACAACCGAAAACGAUGCCCUCCCUAACCGUUGACUUCCGAUCUGUUUCUAGUGCGAAGAAAUCGUGACCUGUUCUUCCUGGUUUUUAUUUCGCAGCAGGGGAUGAGAGCAACUCACACUUUUCACUCCAAAAGACGUCAACAGGAGCUAGCUUACUGUUCGCCAUUCAUUCGUAGAAUUUGAGAGUGGCUCAAAAUAAUCACACCUCAUCACACCAUCAGAACCCCCCACACUCAGUUCACUCGGUAUAGUAGGCCCCCACAUGAGCUGCUGCUGUUAUCGAAUAGAACAAAAUUUGCAAGCGAGUUUAGAAAGAAAAUAUUCUAUAGUUCUGUGUGGAAGAACUCUUUGACGUUUCCAUUGAUUUGUCCAAGUCUAUGAGCCUGCCUGGAUUUGUACGAGUGACUGAUUGGCAAACUGUUAUUGCUUCAGCAGCUGCCUGAGAUGCAGUGACAUCAGACCGUACCACUUGCCCCUGAUUGACCAUGGAUCUCAGCACCCUCCUGCUGCUGGUGGCGUGGCCCGUCGCCAUAGCGACCAAGUCCUCGCACGGCCACCGAGUCAUCGUAAAGACGGACAAAGGGCUGGUGCAGGGCCGCUCUCAUUACGUGCACGGCAAGAAGGUGGAUGUGUUCUAUGGCAUCCCUUACGCCAGGCCGCCCCUAGGCGAGCUACGGUUCCUCCACCCCGAGCAGCUGGACCCGUGGGAUGGAGUGCUGGACGCCACCACCAAGCCCAACUGCUGCAUGCAAGUGCCGGACUACACGUUCGGCAACUUCUCAGGCUCAACUGUCUGGAACUCCAACACACCGGCCAGCGAAGAUUGCCUAUACCUGAACGUGUGGGCCCCCCGGGUUCGAGCCCCGUACGCUAACAAGGCAGUGCUUGUGUGGAUCUAUGGCGGCUCCUUCAUGACGGGCUCCUCCGUGCUAGACGUGUACGACGCUAGCCACCUGGCGGCGGAACAUGACGUGGUGGUCGUGUCUAUGCAGUUCAGCAACAGGGACUGCCUCUCCCGUGUGGGUCUGUUCAUCCACAGCAACAGGGACUGCCUCUCCCGUGUUCUGCCCAGGAUGGUGGGGAAGUCAGGGAGCCGGGAGACAGAGGAGAGGCCGUUCCUUCCUCCCUGCCGAGUGUGUGGAGACAGGGCAGCCGGAUUCCACUACGGAGUCAACACCUGUGAGGCCUGCAAGGGUUUCUUCCAUCGCAGUCUGCGGAGAUACAAAGAGUACAAAUGUCGGGCGAACCGGACUUCUGGUUACUGCGACUACAAGCCUGGCAAGCGGAAGUCAUGCCAGUACUGUCGCUUUCAGAAGUGUCUCAAUGCUGGCAUGUCUAAAGAUGGUUAG